AACAAAAAGGAAAAAUACAAAUUGAAACAAGAUAUUACUCCGUAUAUGAUAUAGAUAUUUUAAUUUUAUCAAGUAAGAUAUUUGGCACAUAUAUGCUUAGUGUAUUUGAAAAGUAGUUGUAGCUUGCAAGAACCUAAAGGCAGAGCAUGGAAGAAAUUAACGAGUGGCAACAAAUCGAACAACACCCAAGUCUCGAAUCCUCUGAAUGGAACAGAGUAAUUAUCAACGAAGGUACAACACAAAUUGUUCCAACUACAAUAGACUCCGUUAGUGACGAGGAGGAUGAGACCCCAACGCGGGCUACAAAGCCGUUAGAUUGGGCCAAUGAAGGGAGGAAGCUGUUGAAGGUGCGGUUUGAGGCUAUGAGAAUGGAGAUUAUGAGGGUUGCUUCCAAGGUUCGUAACUGUGCAAUAUGUAGUGGGGCGUUUUGGUCAAUUACGUACAUGGCCGGAGCCGGAGCUGCGACUGGGGUGUUGGUAUCGUUGGUUUACAUGGGGAUUCAAAGCCGUCGCCGGAAGGAGGAUGGUUACAAUUAUCUUCUUAGACACAAAGAUGAGAAAAUUAACCAACUCUUACUUCAAAUUGCACAUCUGAAUGAAACCUUAUCAUCACGUCGCAAGGUUCCGGUGAAACGAAUUGUUGGCUAAUGAUAUUACAGAUGAGAUUUACAACACAAUCAUCUUGAAUCUUUUGACUACAUACCGUAAAGUGUAUGAGUUUGGUAUAGCUACCAUGCAUAUAAACAUAAACAAAAUCUAAGAAAUUUUUGUCAAAAUAAAUCUAAAUAAAUAAAUAAAUUUGUAUAAUUACUAUUAGAAAUAUGCUUUUUCUAGCUUUUUUUUUUUUUUUUUACUUUAACUUUUUCAUAUUCUCAGUUAUACAAGUUCUCUAUUAGUACUUCAUAUUCAGACACAAAGUUCUUUUUCAGUACUUUUGUACUUGUAACUAAACAUUAAACGUAUAUUUAGUACAAGUACUUCAUUUAUUAGUUCUUUGUUUGUA